UUUGUUUACAUUUAUAUGGGCGAGUGAGCUACCGCCAGUAGUAAGAUCUGUUAAACCGCUUGCUGUCUAGUAUCAAACACCAAACAAACACGAGCGCUGACAUACAGUCAUAUCGAUACGGUCUAUUGCCGAUGAUUGACGUGGUGACUCAAAGUCAGAAUAUGAACUGCCAUGACAUGCAUUUUAAUAUCAGCAUAGGAAAGCAUGAUCAGAUAAAAUGCGAAAUAUCCCAUAUGCCUAGACACUGUUCUGCUGUUGGCUGUAAGUCACGGGACACAAAAGGACUUCGGAAAUCUGGAAUCACUUUUCACAGGUUGCCGAAGAAGGGAAACCCUCGCCGCACAACUUGGAUUAUCAACUCCUGUCGCAAAGGUCCUGAGGGUAAAGGACAGUGGGACCCCCAGAGUGGUUUUAUCUAUUUCUGCUCCAGACAUUUCACCCCUGACAGCUUUGAACUCUCUGGAGUCAGUGGCUAUCGCAGGCUUAAGGACGAUGCAAUUCCCACUGUAUUUGACAUUCAGCCUCAUGAAAGAUGCAAUGCUAAGAAAGGCACUACAAAGAGAAGGGGCAGACCACGAAAUGUGGACAAACAUAUCAGUGUUGAGGAUUCCAAUAAUGAGUGCUCAGAAAGCCAGGAGAUAUCCAACAGCGAGAGGAAGAUGCAAAAUGUAGCAGAAGAUGAAGGUGUAAAGAGUUUUGAACAAGAUAAAGGAGAUGAAAAUCAGGAGGAACCUUCAUCUAAAGCUGCUCCUGUAGAGGAUCAACCGCCUGAAGCCUCUUCUCCUCAACCGUCCCCUCGUCCCCCUUCUCCAUCCUGCUACAUGAGGCGUCUCCCUCCACCUCCUGGCUUCUACCUGGCGAAAGAGCACAACUAUGCUCAGCUUUGCCCUCUAGUGUGGCGUAAACGUUAUGACAAAGCCAUCGACAGCUUAGAAAAAACAAUGCUGCUUCUUAGUGCUACCCGACGUCGGGAGAACCGGUUACGCAGUGCGCUGAUGCGCCUCAGAGAGAACCGGCUCAGGAGUACCCUCAGUCGUGUCCGAGAUGGGAUGAAAGGAAAGGAGGUCAGGGGAGGUAGGUUUUCAAGCAGGGCUGUUAAAAAAGCACAAGCAACAAAAGGGGAACGUGCUGGCAGUCUAGAGGCAUUGGAGGAGAAUCUGAAUGAAGGUGCAGCUGAUGAUAUCAGUCUUCUGACCGAUGGUUGGAACAGCCAGGCACAGACAAGGUCAAAGGUUACGGUGGAAGAUGAGGAAGGAUGUUGUUUUUAUUGUGGAAGAGGCAGUGAAGGAAACAAAGUAUUUGGCUACAAAGAGGCGACCGUUGAACCUAAUGACGUUCAAGGGUUGCCAAUAAAGUGCAGGCCUAAAGAAGUCCCAAAUGUACUCAAAAAUCAAUGUUUGGAGAACACAAGGACUGAUGUGCCACCUGUUGAACAACAGAGCUACUACUUGUAUUACUGUGAGAGUGCCGAGAAUGAGGACACGAUGCAGGUGGUCACCAUGGAAUUGCAACCUCACCAGCUUAACGCAGAAGAUGAAACUUCUCUUGAUCUUCAGGAUGACGGGGAAACAAUCCAGCAACUUGCUGUAUUGCAUUCACAAACUGAAACGCACCCACAAAUGCAUACUGUACCUGUACAAUACUCAACAACACUACAUGAUACUUCUGCUCCAUUCCAGCUGCAGGUUCUGCAGCCACAUCAAGGACUGUUUCUUCCAGAAUUGGAAACGAAAGAUAAGAGCGAAUCAGAAAAUGAUCAGGGAGGAGGACAGCAGUUUUACUGGGUACAGGAAAGAACAAAUGAUCAUGAAAACGGUCAGGUCAUUCAUCAGUCCAACCUGAGGACCACAGUGGUGGCUGGAGAUGUCAGGGAGAGACUGAAGGAACACCUCGAAGUGUUUCAGUUACAGCUUAGCAAUGAGUUUAUUGACUAAACUGCUCUGCAUAAAGUGGUUAUAACGCUGUUUUGUCUGUUGUUAUGUUUCAUUACAGCUGUUUUCAUUUACACUUUUAAAGCAUGUACAUACCGAGAACUCUGUAAAUGUUUUUUAUGUUGAUUGUGAGUAAAAAAUACUAUUCAAGUGUUA